UUUUUUAAUCUUUUCCCUGCUGACUGUUGAGUUCUCCUUCCUUCCUUCCUUCCCCCCUUUCUUACACUCUAGUCCUCGAACCCCUGCCAGGCUGCCCCGCCCUGCCUUUUCACAGACAAUGAAACUGAGUUGGCUUGUUUGUUAACUUUUCUGUUUUUGUCAGAAAAGACCGGACCUCUUUACUAGGAGAAAAUGGUUGCCAAGAAAUCCAAGGGGAUGAUCAAGCAUCUCAUCUCUGCAAUUCAAUCCCCACAGGGUCUAAAUCCACCCAGCCUUAAAAGAUUGUAUGCUCUGCUUCACCAUUUGUCUACUCUGAAGAACCCCAUAAGUGGCAGUUUCCCAGAUAUGAAGCUUAAGAAAUGUCGGCUCAACUUCAAACUUAAAGACAUCAACUGCCUGUCUGAUAUUUUGUUUAAGCAGCUUGAGGAUAGGUUUCAUGGGUUCUUCUCUGCUUUACACGAGCAUAAUGUUUCAGCUGCUGAUAAUGGAAAAUGUUUCCUGAUUGAAGAACUGACAUUGCUUUUGAGAUGCUGUUUGGUUAUGCUGGUUUUGAUUGAACAUGACCAGCCUCUUCUCAUACAGAAGGGUUUGGGUAUUCUUUCCAUGCUUAGCAGAUUGGUUGCUACAGAGUUAAGUGGUCGAAAUGGAAAGAGUUCUAUUACUUUCAAGAAGUUGACUUCUUGUCAAAGUGUUAGUGAUGAUUGCACCACCUCUAUUACUGAGGAGUUUGUUGCUUCUUUAUGUUUAUGGAAGCCUUCUGAUCCGCGCUAUGCAUUUCUAUGUGCUGUACUUGAGGUAUUUGCAGAUGAGCUUUUGGUGCGUCAAACAUUGAGACAGAAUUUUGUGAUGAUUGACUCUGCACCUUCCCGAAGCGAAAGGCUAUUUGUGUGCCCCUCUGGGCAUGGUAAUAUUGGAAGCGUUCUGGAGGUGAUUUGUGCUCAUUUUGUCGUAUCACUUUCUGAUGAGCAAGCUUUUGAAAAUUUCCUCAACAGAUUAUUUUGGUGCCACGGGGAGGAUUUCAGAAUUCCUGAAAUGAGUUUGCCGGCAGCCUUAUCAUUGCUUCUCAAUCCCAUCAUGCUUUCUGCACCCAAAUUGUUUCAGGCAUACUUGAUUUUAAUGGUUUCUGAAGCCAUUGGUAUUUGCAUGCCUCAACCAAAUACGAUGCUGGAUCCUAAACUUAUGGAUUGCUAUACAGAGGCAUUUGAAAGGUCUAUCUUCUUGUAUACUAGGCACAUGUCUAGUUUGCACGUUGAUGAUUUUUUGGGUGACAAUGGUUCUUUUAUCAGAUCAGGUUUGCAUGGGAGCAGUAGUAAGCUGAAUUUUGAAUCUUUUCUUCAUCCAGCCACAAGAGACAAACUGCAUCAUCUAAUUUCCAAGUCAUAUGAUGCAUGGAAUUCCUAUUUAAGCAGUAUGUCUUCUAGAACAAAUUCUGAACUGGUGGCUGCCUCUAUUGCCUUCAUGAAGGAGAGCCUGUGCAUUGUUGAUGAAUCGUUUAAAGAUGAGGUUCUGUCAAUCUUAAGUUGCAUAAUACUUAGAUAUCCAUCUAACGAUAUUGGUGACACUUUACUGUACAAAAAGGAGGAAACCAGCUCUCAAGACAUUUAUCUUCUCGCUUCCAUCUUGAAAUUAAUGAGUAGCUCAUUGUUGCAAGCUAUAUGGUAUGUAAAGCAUCUUAGGUCUUCAUUUUGCCUGAAAUCACUGGAAGAUGUGUCUUCAUGCAAGGGCUACGAUGUUAUAGUGGAUAUUCUUGGUUGUUUUGAGCACUUCAGUAUCAGUCUACCAAUUCAAAAAUUCUUAUGUGAAACAUUGCAAUCUCACCCAGCAAGGCAUAAGAAGUCCAAGUGGAUGUUUUUUCACUUUUCAGGGUUGCUGUCAUUGAGUUAUGCUAGCGGGCUUGAUUUUUUAGUAAAGGACUGUUUAUUUGCACUUAUGGUAGUGUUGAAUAUGUUUAUUAUUGAAGAGGGGGAUCUCGCUGCAGUGGAUUCAUUAUUUGGUUCCAGCUUGGAAUCCUUUUCAUCUAAAUCCUCUGAUAAAUCUGAAGGGGUCAUGGCAAUCUCAAAAUCUAGCCAAAUAGUUUCAUCGAAAAUUCAAAAGAUUCAGGAGAUGUACUUGAGAACACGCUCCACCAUAUGUUCCAACGACAGAAAACAACACAGUCAAGCAGGAACUUCAGAAUAUGGCUCUAUCAUGAAUGAGUUGGAUUCUGUUGCCAGCAUGGAAGAUGCUAAGGAAACCUGCAAUGGUGAGAUCUUCCUGAAGUGCGUGCUAGGGAAGGAUGCAAAAUCCAAAGUUAUAGAUGAUUUAUCAGACUUCAUUGAAUGCGAGCAUGGAAAGAAUUACUCUGGCUGGUUGAGGGAUCGGCAAAGAUUUAAAAUAUGGAAGUACAAGAAAACAACAAUUCGAAGGUGGAAGAGAAAAAAAAUGUGUUGGAAUCAUCUAAAAGGGUAGUAAAUCAAAGAUGUUAUAAGCUUUUCUUAUCUACUUAUGCGUAAAUGUUAUAGAGCGGACUGUGAUCUGUAAAGGUUGUAAAUUGGUGGCGGAUCUCUUAUUGAAUUUACAGAAAUAGCUGAAUGUAUCCCAGUGACAUGUUUUUGUAUUGUA